AUGAUCUCAGAAGUGACAUGUCUCUGCAGACCACGGUGAAAACCGACUGCCAAGACACGUGGGCAGCAACUGCGGCGAAGGAGCGGACACACGGCGGAACGAGAGCACUACUGGCCGACUGACUGGCUAAGACGCGGCGACUCCUGCCUCCCUCGCGAUGGGCGGCACCAUACAGUCCGAUCCGCCCGUCAGACGGCCAGAGUCGCCGGAGGCCACGACGUACGGUCCGUCGCCUACGCUGCGUCCCUGACCAGCUGCCUCCGAAUCACGAACCACUGCACCUUCGCUAUCUGA